AUGCCCACAACCUCCGUGGCAGAACAACUUCACCCCAUUGGGGGCGCUACGUUGCUCGCCGAGAAUGGGCGGCCCUGUCUUCUUUUUGACGCCAAUGAAGCGACUACAGUGAGCCCCGAGGGCUGGGAUGCCGCUACAAAUGCUCAAGAAGAGGCGGGGUCCACCUUUUUUGGUGGGGUGAAUCUUCUUGCGUCUCCUGCGACACAGUCGGGCAGCCAGGACAUGCGCGCCGAGGAGCCGGGGAUUCCCGUGCAGCGGCGGCAUGUAGUGUACGAGUACGGGGACGGGGCGUUUAUUCCUGGCGCGCUGCAUAACGAAAUCCUCGCAAAUCGGGCGGAAAUGCGGGAGCAGGAAAGUGUGCGGGAGGCGCAAAGCCAGCUCUUUGCGCCCCCAGCGCAUGACACGACCGGUAAUAGUGGUGGUGGGAGAGGCGGAGUCUCUAGUCUUCAGACGGCCUCGUUUGAUGGUUUUAAUCAUAAUUUGCACGCAGAAGAACUUCGUGGGGUUGUGCGAGCGUUUCUGAAGUGCAUGCGCCACACCGAGUUGCUUUGUAAAACCUUUACAGCCGGAGCUGCGCUACUUUCCCUGCUAGUCGUGUGUAUGGGUAAAUACCAAAACAAUUUACUAGGGGAUACGCUUUUAGUGUACUUUGCUCUAGCCCACACCUUUGAUGCCCCCAUGUUUUUAUUUCUUUUCCUCCUGCUGCUGGUUACUUCGCUCGCCCCAAUGGCAUUUGCUCUUUCGGAGGCACAGUGGAGGCCGGUGCAACGCCUCCACACGCUUUAUUCCAGUAGUAGCGUGACACCACGCGUAGACGAACGACGCCGCUCCGAAAACUUGACUUCCACUCGACUUGGAAUGAGUGUUAUGCCAUGCGCGGUCCCUUCAAUGGGGCCCAGACCCUUGCUGGUUGACAGUGGAAGAGGCUCAAUUCUCACACGUUCUCUGCAACUGCCGAACACGAGCCCCAGAAGAGGCGAAGCCACAACUGCCGCAUCAUAUACUGACCCCAAUGCGGCGCCGGUAGAGAACACAAAGGAACCGCGGGUGACUCGUGACAUAGUGGCGACCGAGAGUAUAUUAGCCGGACGUCUGUUGGGGUUAAAGCCCGUUAGUCCCUGGCUUCUAUUGUUGUCACCUAGAGUCUGGAUUUACCUUGCUGGGCUAGUGCUUACAGUGGUAGAGGUCGCCUGCACUGAAGAAUGGUCGUCGCAGGAUAUUUUGGCAAUGAAGGUGAACGGUUAUGACACCAAAGCAAGGCUGCUUUUUGUUAUUCUCACCGUCCGUGCGGUUCUCUUGCUUAUAUCUCUUUUACUUGUCUUAAUUGACUGGUAUCGCGAGUAUGACAAACACCUUUUCACGGAGGAACCCGCGGGGCGACAGUGA